CGUCGUAGCCGGCUGCGCAGCUAUCCUACAAUAGACUGCAAUUUUGCCAUUUCACCAAGAUUGAUUGAUUGAAUAGACUGCAAUAGACGCAGGCACGCAGGCGCCUGGUGUCCGUUCGAACAACACCAUUUUCGCGGUCGUGGCCGGGCAUUGCAUCAUUUGUUACUCUGUAUGUACCUACCAAAGACAAAGACGUAAUCCACUAUUGACGUAAUCUGACCGUAUUGCCUCUGAUUAUUUAUUUGAUUUAUUGCCAUACUUUAGACAAUUUUAGAAGGAGAUAUCAGCCAUUAACUAGGAAGAAGAAGAUUCGGUCGAUUCUGAAAUGACACGCGAUGACAAUGUUCACAUUAAUUGUUAUAUCGCAGAAAUGUCGCAUUCAUGUCAAUUGCGUAUUGUGAUUAUUGAUCAGUUUUUUACAGAUUCUUUGUUGAAAAUAACAGAGAGGUUAUAAUAACAUAAUCUGAGGAUGGCUGAUGAAGUUUUGUGGAAGAGGCCUAGACUGGGUGACGAUGAGGAGGAGCUUCUGCGCCAGCAGGAAGAGUUCCUGAAGGCAAAACAACCGCCGUCCACUUCACAAGGCAGUGGAGAGGUGAUAAAUCCGGUUAUCAUGAAAGAUAAGAUUCAGGAAUCAGAAGGAAAAUUGCAGGACAUGGUGCAGAAUAUACCUGUAGUAUCAUCGAACAUAAUACUUGGCAAUAUCAUGGAGAGGAAAUUUAACAUCAACAAAUAUGAGUUCAACGACAACCGCGUCUCCACAGCAGUUGAGCUCUCUAAGGUUUUUAGAUCCGUGUCACUUAUGAACAAGAGCGAUAGUAAGCAGAGUUUAUUCUCACAGAAAGUUCUUGCGGACAAAAUAUCUGUGAGAGAUAAUUGGAUGAAGAUUCAUAUAGGCGAAUCUUCCCACGAAUCUUCCUCGUGCAACAAGGAAGAAGACAUUGUGACAAAGUAUCAUUUACUUCAAAUUUACAAAGAAAAUUCAGAAAAGCUGGCACAAAUGAGCGAAGCAGAAAUAUUAAGAGAAAAAAAGAAGCUUAAUGAGACUCUUGAUCCUAAGAUAAUACAAUUUUUAAGAAAUAAGAAAAAUAAAUCUUCCAAAAAUCUAGUUGAACAAGAUAGUAGGCAACUUAGCUCUUUAGAUAUGAAUAAAACUGCAAUGGCUACAGAAGUGUUCAAUGAUAAAAAGCUAAAGCUUUCGUUAAAUGAUAUUGAACAAACGGACUAUGAGAAUGAUAUAAGAGGCACUUUAAGCACAAAAGAGACAACGGUGGAUACGGAAAUAUCUAGCAACAAAAAGAUUAAGCUAUCCAAAGAUAAUGGAGAUACAGAAAUGGAUUGUGAGGACGACAUUUUGAGCAUACUAGACCCUAAAGAAAUGUUUGAAGAAGGUAAACGGAGAGGAUGGCUUCAUAUGAACAUUCCUGAACCAGAAAAGUUGAAGUGGAUAGAAGACUUGCCAGAAAAGGAGAAAGACGAGGCCUUGCCAAACAAAGAAUAUAAUGCGAGAUUUGAUUUUAAUGGCCUUUUAUUGCCAUAUAAGGAUGAGAGUUUAACCAUCGACAAGGGCCUUCAUCAUCACGGCGAGGAACCCGAACGUCCUGGAUACUCUCUUCAGGAGUUGCUGCAAUUGAGCAGGUCUUCCAGUCAACAGCAACGGUGUACAGCCCUUACCACCUUGGCCAAUAUCAUGGACAAAACGCGUAAGGGUUGGUAUGACAGAGCCUUGCAUCCAACACCACUGACCGCACUCAGUCAAAAGAAUAUCCUGCUGCUGCUGCGAUUUUCGUUGGACGACUCGUCGGUAGCCGUGGUCACGGCGACUCUACAAGCUCUCAGAGCUUUCCUGGUCAGCGAGGCGGACGAGGUAUGCUUGAACAGACUGCAUGGAUUCGAAGAAUACACAGAACCCACCCUGACACCUCAACUUGAAGACAAGGAUACAAAUAAUCUGAAAGAUCACGAGUUGGCGCAGUUGGAUGCCGUGGCUGCGUUACUGAGAUCGGAUUUCUUAUUAAGAAUUAGAUACGUUUUAAAUACAAUGCAUCCACCACCUGUUGGAGUAACGUGUGCUUUAGAGAUACUUAUCCGUUUCGCGAGGCACUCACACAUAACGGCAUUGAAAAUCUCGUCUACACCAUAUUUGUUGGACACCAUCAUCCAAAAUUUUAUACCAUUGUCUGCAGACCGACUAGCGAUGCAUGAUGAGAUAGAUAAUGUUUACGGGAUUCCUGUAGUAACAGCGAUUAAAUUAUGUCGCGUUCUCGUCACGUAUGGCAAGAGGCCCAUCGCACAGAAAUUAGAGAACUUUAAAAUUAUUCAAAUCAUUUUAACGUAUAUUAGCAGCGAGACAGGGAAAGAUCACAUAAAUCUCAGCAUUGAGAGUCUGCGACUCUGGCGAAUGUUACUGCAUUACGAAGUAGGUCUGGACAGUGUCACGGGUGCCCAAUUAACUCUUGUAUCACAAUUACAGCUGUUAUUAAGUAAUCAUGAUAUUCAAAACACAUCCGAGUUGGCGUGCGAGCACGCCGCGGCGUUGAUUGCUGUAGCAAGUCAUGAAAAAACGUUAAAACCAAACAUCUUUACAUUGCUAAUGAAGUGGAGUACGCAGUUUUCAUCGGUAUCUAAUCCAACGUGGAGUGUUAUGAAAUUAAUUGCGGAGAGUUUAUCCGCCGUUGACGAGAUGUCCGCAUUUAAAACAACAUGGCUAUGCAACCAGCAUGUUUUCUUAACUCUUCGUUCCAGUUCAAACUUAUUGAGCGACUACAACGUGGCUAUGAAUCGGGAACCGUCCUGUCUUCCAAACUUGAAUGUUCUCACAGAAAACGGAGAGUUGCAACCGAUUGUGUCAGUAAAUUCGUGCAUACCGUUCUUAGCGACAAUAUUCAAUGCAUUUUACAAUAAUUUUCGCGUAGUAGAAAUUCGUUUGAUAUUUGAACACCCAUCCUUCCGCAAAUAUCUAGAAGAUUUGGAAAAGACCGAGUGGAGUUUGGAAAGAUCGUGGUUUAGCAGAACGGAAUUAUAUUUUUUGACAGCAGUAGUACGAGCAGUAUCUCUUGUUGGAGACACAAUUAACAAUCAGACAGCCAAAAUUAUGUGGAAGAUUACUAUCAAACUUAUCUCGACAUUACCCGCGGACGCUACAGAUUAUGUGAGGAAGCUCCUUCAGAUCGCGUUGUCGAACGAAAAGAUAAAUUUAGAGGUAAUCACUAGCGAAUUAGCCAAAUUAGACUUGACAUCCACAAUAGAUCAGGUCAAGAUAGACUUGCGUUCCGAUGCGACAUCGUUGUACGAGAGAUAUAUUGCGCCGAAUGGCGAUUGGAACCAAGCGGCGAUGCCAAAGGACUGGCUCUUCUUGCCUCUAGUUCACAUGUAUACAAAGUCCAAAAACGAUAUCAAGUUACAGUCGGAGGACAAGGAUAGUGUCGUGACAGUUCUUAGUCUAGCAUUAGUUUUGCCCGAUCUUAUGGAGAAACUGUCACCUACUUUGAGAUUCAGCAGACUGAUACUGGUGUACCUCUGUGAUACCAUCUACCUGCACAAUGAUGUAGCCAUGCUGCUGCUCAAUGUCCUGUCGAAUCUGCUGAGAAGAUACCAUGCGCGAUUGAAUUUACGAACGGAACUGCCGGGAUUGAGCUCCUUCACUGAUCUGUUCACGACAUUGUGCGAGCAUUUCUACUCGAGCUCGUACGGCGACGACGGUUUUGCCAUGAUAUUGCUGGUGCCGAUAGCUCAACGGCAUGAUUCACAUUAUCGGAAAUUACUGUGGUCGGAACACGCGGCCGCGUUGCGAUACCUGAAACUGUCACCAGAGAAGUUGGUGUUGCCGUUGAAGGAGUAUCUUUAUCCGGAAGAGGACGACACGUCGCUCAUAGAGAGCUACAUCACGGCGCUAGUUCGCGGUGUGAUCAAAGAGACAUGGUGCCCAAUCCCCUUUACGAUCGCGGUACACCACUCGGCGAUGUAUCUGAAGCGCACGAAUAGACUAGCGAUGCGAAUGCGUACACAAGUGAAGAAGUUGCAAAAUAGAGAUAUCGCGGACGCAUUGCUGCACUAUGUGCCACCACAAUUAUGAGUGUAAAAUAACAAAAUAGAUAGAAAAUGUGAUUUUUUGUAUUU